AUGGAGAAUGGUGGUUCUCACAUGGUUGAUGGUGUCAAAGAUUUAGUGUGUUGGAGUGACAAGUGUGAUGAUAUGACAAGAAGCAUUGUCACAUUGAACAACGAACAAGUUGACUAUAAUGUAAAUCAGAAGCACCCUAAGUCCAUGGUCUUGAAGGGCCAUGCCCACACAAAGCCAUCCCAUAUGAGGGUCAUCUUGUCAAAUAUCAGGUAG